GAGACAGUGUCGGUGAUGGAGGGAGAUUCUGUCACUCUUAACACUGAUGUUAGUGAAUUACAUGAAGAGGAUGACAUUCUGUGGAAUUUUGGAGCUGACAACUCUGCCUUAGCUGAAAUCAGUAGAGAGAAACAAAUCUUUUCCAUAUAUGAUGAUGUACCAGAUGGGAGAUUCAGAGACAGACUGAAGCUGGACCAUCAAACUGGAUCUCUGACCAUCACAAACAUUACAUAUGAACACGCUGGGAUCUAUAAACUAGAGAUAAUUGGUGUGAAAUGGUCAUCAAAAACAUUCAGUGUUUCUGUCUAUGCUCGUCUAACUGUUCCUAACAUUACCAGAGACUGUUCAUCAUCAUCAUCAUCAUCAUCAUCAUCAUCAUACUGUUCAUUGUUGUGUUCAGUGGUGAAUGUGAGUCAUGUGACUCUCUCCUGGUACAAAGGAAACAGUUUAUUGUCCAGCAUCAGUGUGUCUGAUCUCAGCAUCAGUCUCUCUCUACCUCUGGAGGUGGAAUAUCAGGAGAAAAACAGCUACAGCUGUGUGAUCAACAAUCCCAUCAGAAACCAGAUUGUGGCUUUAGAGUCUAUUGAUAAAUAA